CUCAGGCUAUGCGGGUAUUGUGCGCAAUUGUAGGUGGAGGAGAGGAUAAGAAACAGAGAAGAGAGAGAAAGAAGAGAAGCACAGAAAGAUGCACGGCAAAGAGGAACGACGAUCGAUGCCAAUGCGUGGGCCAGUGUCAGAUGCUAUCCAGAGAAGCAAAUGGUGGCUGGCGGCAUUGUUUGAGGAUACGAGCCAAUUGCCCGGCGGUAAAAAAAAAAAAAAAAAACAGAAGAGCAGUGGUGAGAGGCCAGCAGCCAUGAUUCGACGAGGCCUCUCCAAGUCAGCUGGCAUGAUGGCUGCAUCUCUCUCUCUCUCUCUCUCUCUCUCUUUUUUUUUUUUUUUUUUUUUUUUUCAGCUUUGGGGGCCGAAGCUAACAUGGAGCUUGUGCUUGUGCUUGCUUGACCCAUUUGCCAUCCUUGAAUCUAAUCUGCUGCGUUGGUAUAGCACAUCUGCAACUGCUACUACAUACUAUAAUGCCCCGGAAUGCUGCAGUUAUUCAUCUGGAGUGACGGCCAAACACUGAACACUGAUACACGGCACAAAUCUCGAUCCAGCGAUGCGGAAUGCCGUGAACCAGUGGUUCAGGGCCGAUGCGAAUUUCGCUUCUUGGU